UUUACUCGGCUGCAUAUUCUCUAUGUAUCUCUUUGGUUGUGAUUUUCUGCCUUCAAUUCAGGAUUUCCUUCUUCGGAUCAGUCUUUCGUUCACGCUUAUUGAACAUUUUGUUCGACGUUUUUCCUUCAGCCGGCCUAUCUGAUCUCAAGAUAUACAUUUUGUAUUGUGGGGAUGGGUGAUCACCUUACAGCAGCUGCAACAAAAGAUCUUUGAAAGACCCUCUGUAACACAUGUCUAACAGACACUUGUACAAUUCUGUCGGAGUUUUACCAAAAUAAAUCGGCGACGGCAACAUGACAUCGACGGCCGAUGAAUUCUCUAAGCUGAACAUUACUGGCGAUUGGCCUUCCAUUGCUCCCAAUUUACACAAAAACCUCUCUCUUCUCUCCCCUCAAAAGGUAGAGUUGGCGAAGGUGUUGAUAGAGAUGGGGCAAACUCACUUGUUUCAGCAUUGGGCAGAGCCUGGAGUUGAUGAUGAGAAGCGAGCCUUCUUUGAUCAGAUUGCUAAACUUAAUUCAAGUUAUCCUGGGGGAUUGGCAGCAUACAUUAACACUGCUAGGAAGCUUUUAGCUGAUUCAAAAUCUGGAAAAAAUCCGUAUGAUGGUUUUACACCUUCGGUUCCAUCUGGAGAGGUUUUGACAUAUGGUGACAAUAAUUUUGUUCAAUUUGAGGAGGCUGGCAUCAAAGAAGCACGGAAGGCUGCUUUUGUUCUUGUUGCUGGAGGCCUCGGAGAACGUCUUGGGUACAAUGGAAUAAAGGUGGCCCUUCCUAGAGAAACAACAACAGGGGAAUGCUUUUUACAACAUUAUAUUGAAUCUAUUCUUGCUUUACAAGAAGCCAGUUGCAGCCUUGCCGGAGGCGACUGCCGAGUGGAGAUUCCAUUCGCUAUUAUGACGUCAGAUGACACACAUUUACGUACUCUGGAGCUCUUAGAGAAAAACUCUUAUUUUGGAAUGAAACCCACACAAGUGAAACUGCUUAAGCAGGAAAAAGUUGCUUGUUUAGAUGAUAAUGAAGCACACCUUGCUCUGGACCCCCGUAAUAAAUAUAGAAUUCAGACAAAACCUCAUGGCCAUGGUGACGUCCAUUCACUUCUUUACUCAAGUGGCCUUCUUAAAGUUUGGCAUGAUGCAGGCUUAAGAUGGGUCCUUUUCUUCCAAGACACCAAUGGUCUACUUUUCAAGGCAAUUCCAGCAGCACUAGGCGUCAGUACCACAAAACAAUACCAUGUCAAUUCUCUUGCCGUUCCUCGGAAAGCAAAAGAAGCCAUUGGUGGCAUUACCAAGCUUACUCAUAAAGAUGGGCGAACGAUGGUGAUUAAUGUGGAAUAUAACCAGCUCGAUCCAUUGCUUAGAGCGUCUGGAUAUCCUGAUGGCGAUGUCAAUUCUGAAACAGGCUAUUCACCUUUUCCUGGAAAUAUAAAUCAAUUGAUCUUUGCAAUUGGCCCAUACCUUGAAGAGCUCACAAAAACAGGAGGUGCGAUCUCGGAGUUUGUUAACCCUAAGUACAAAGAUGCUACCAAAACUGCUUUUAAGUCCUCAACUCGACUUGAAUGCAUGAUGCAAGAUUAUCCUAAAACGCUACCUCCUUCAGCUAGAGUUGGAUUCACUGUGAUGGAUGCUUGGCUUGCUUAUUCACCAGUGAAAAACAACCCAGAAGAUGCUGCCAAGGUGCCAAAAGGAAAUCCCUACCACAGUGCCACUUCGGGAGAAAUGGCCAUUUAUCGCUCUCACAGCCUCAUUCUAAGAAAGGCUGGUUUUAAGGUAGAUGAUCCAGUUAUCCAAGUAUUUAAUGGACAGGAGGUGGAGGUAUGGUCUCGAGUUGUGUGGAAGCCGAAAUGGGCGCUUACUUUCUCGGAAGUAAAAAGUAAAGUGAGUGGAAACUGCUCCAUUUCACAAAGGUCUACAAUGGCGAUCAAGGGGAGUAAUAUUGCCCUUGAGGAUCUUUCCCUGGAUGGAGCUCUCAUUAUAGGGGCUGUUGAUGGUGCCGAGGUCAAAGUGGGAGGUUCUGUGCAGAACAAGGGUUGGACAAUUGAAAAUGUCGACUAUAAGGAUACUUCAAUACCAGAAGAAAUAAGAAUCAGGGGUUUCAGAUUCAACAAGGUUGAGCAGUUGGAGAAAACAUAUACUGAGCCCGGGAAAUAUUCUUUGAAGCCAUAAGGUUGACACAUUCCAUAGAAGAUUUUGAGCUCUUAAAUUCUGUUGGAGCUCUGAGAGCUUGGCUAAACUGUUGAUAUUUAUAGCAGAUUUUGUUGCUUAGUUUAUGUUUCAGAGUUUCUUGUAACAUUGUGUCAUAGGUGAUGAUUGUUCUUUCCCCUCCAAUCAUUGUAACUUAGUUAACAGUUGAAACGUUUAGAAACAUAAUAAGGGUAUUCGUUGGUAUUUAUUUAGUAAUAAGUCGUUUUGAAAAUUGUAGCUAUUGGUUAGGAAGAAGUUUUAUUCUGCAUAAAAGAUAUGGCUAACGCUUAUUAUAUGUACUCUGAGUGAAUGUCACUCUAGGCCUAAGGAUAUAUAUGCUUCCUCUGUCUUGGUAUAGUGCACUAAAUUUGCCUUGAACAAUUGUUCAAUGGAGUAUUCAUUGUUCA